GAAGACAAGGAAGUGCGGAAGACCUAUGAGCAGGCCAGGAAGAAGCGGCAGAUGGCACAGCUGCAGCUGAUGUUCGAAGAGCUCGACGAGGACGAGUCGGGCGAGGUCACCCUCGACGAGAUUAUGGCUGCGCCGGAUGAUGUGAAGCAGAGCCUCUUCGAGAUCGCGGGAACGGAAGACAUCCAGACGCUCUUCGAGAUGCUGGACUUCGAUGGCGGCGGGUCACUGGAGACAGAUGAGUUCUGCCAAGGAGUUUUCAAGGCAGCCAGCUCGUCGAAACCUCUGGAGCUGGACCGGCUGAUGAAGCAAUGCCGAGACAUUCUCAUGAACAGUCGCAAGGCGUUGAACAUGAUUCGAGGAGACCGCACCGAGAACGAGCCUGCCGGCAGGAAGAGCAAAAGACAUUGGUCUCCGAAGCAACGCCGCGAGGAGCGCGUUCACUCCGGCUCGGAACCCUCGGGAUCACCGAGGCCCAGGGGUGCUUCGAAGCUGCCGGAGGCUCAGGGGCCCAACGCCGGACUGGCAGUGCUCGAGUCCCGAGUCCACGCCCUGGAGAAAAUGGCGUCCAACAUGCAGGAGGACACGGAGAAGAUUCUGCAGCUGUUGAUGCAGGAGAACUUUGUCAAGAGGGCCCCUGCUGCUGCCCUCGGGCCCUCUUUCGACGAGGACCUGCAACAAACAUUCCGGCCGACAUCUGCCGAGAUCGAGCAGCAUCGGCAGGCCUCCAAGAAGCACAAGAAGAAGAAGCAGCCCGUCGUGUACUCUUGGUCUGCUUCGCCGCCAGUGGAUGCCGAUGAAGUGGUUCUGCUUCGUCGACGUGUGGCACAACUCGAGGCAGAGAUUCGCAAGAUGACGAUGCAGCAGCAUGAACUCGACCAGCCGGAUUUCGAGUGA